UUCUUUGAACCUGGACCAGUCGGAGGCGAUGGGAUUGACCAGAGCCAGAGCCAGAGCCACACCCGCGUGUAUAUAUGAUGAUCCCAUUAUUUUUAUCCCCGUCGUCGUGCUCUUCUUCUUCUUCAGUCAUCUCUAUCCUUAAUCGUCAGUUCCCCUGCUUUUUUGCUCUCUUUCUGUGUUCUGAUGGUAUGGCGUGCCGUGUUCUUGGAAGGAAACCUGGGUGUUUAUGAUGUUCUUCCGGGUACUUACGUAAGAAAUCUGUUUGUCUGAGAGAGAGAGAGAGAAUGGGGACAACGGUGGUUCCAAGCUCCAUGAAAGUCUCCAUCCCGCAGGGUGAUCAGAAAGACGACGGCUUCAUUGGCGGCCCGAACCCGAAAGACUUGGACGCUGGAGCUCUCUUCGUCCUCAAAUCACGGGGGUCAUGGUGGCAUUGCGGUUAUCACUUAACCACAUCGAUUGUAGCACCGGUGCUGUUAAGCCUGCCUUUUGCGAUGAGCCUGUUGGGUUGGGCAGGCGGGACUGUGUGCCUGGCUCUUGGGGCCGUGGUCACAUUUUACUCUUACAACCUCCUCUCACUCGUCCUAGAGUGGCAAGCCCAUCUAGGCCAACGCCAGCUCCGAUUCCGUGACAUGGCCCGCGAUAUUCUAGGACCCGCAUGGGGAAAGUAUUUUGUGGGACCCCUACAGUUUGCUAUCUGCUAUGGUGCUGUCGUUGCCUGCACUCUUUUAGGUGGACAGAGUCUCAAGUUCAUAUACUUGCUUUAUAAACCAGAUGGGAAAAUGCAGCUCUACCAAUUCAUCUCCAUGUUUGGCGGCCUAACUCUGUUCUUGGCACAAGUCCCCUCCUUCCACUCCCUCAGGCACAUCAAUCUCGUCUCUCUCGUCCUCUGCCUCGCUUACAGCGCUUGUGCCUUGGGUGGCUCCAUCGACGUCGGAAACUCCGUGAGUGCACCGCCGAAGGACUACUCCUUGGUUGGUAGCCGGGUCGACCGCCUUUUCGGCGUCUUCAAUGGGAUCUCCAUCAUCGCCACCACUUACGGCAGCGGAAUUAUCCCCGAGAUCCAGGCAACUCUAGCUCCUCCGGUGAAGGGCAAGAUGUUCAAGGGCCUGUGCGUAUGUUAUUCGGUCGUAGUGACCACAUAUUUCAGCGUUGGAAUCUCUGGGUAUUGGGCGUUUGGGAAUCAAUCCAAAGGAACUAUUCUCACCAAUUUCAUGGGCGAGACCAAGCCACUCCUUCCCACUUGGUUCCUAUUGAUGACCAAUAUUUUCUGCCUCCUCCAAAUAUCAGCUGUCACUGUGGAAUAUAUGCAACCGACCAACGAAAUUUUGGAGAAGAAACUGGCGGACCCGAAGAUGGACCAGUUCUCGACACGCAAUGUCGUGCCCAGGCUGAUCGCACGGUCGCUGUCGGUGGUGGUGGCGACCACGAUCGCCGCGAUGCUGCCCUUCUUCGGGGACAUCAUGGCGCUGAUCGGCGUGUUCGGAGUCGUCCCCCUGGACUUCAUAUUGCCCAUGAUUUUCUAUAACGUGGCCUUCAAGCCUUCAAGGAGGCGCUUUGUGUUUUGGGUGAACACGAUGAUCAUUGCCGCGUCCUCGGUGUUGGUGGCCAUCGGCGCGGUUGCGUCGAUCAGGCAGAUGGCUCUCGAUGCCAAGAGUUAUCACUUGUUUGCUAACAUGUAGCGACUGUAAUUGAUGCAUUGGCCGUGGCUGCUCUGAUGAUAUGCGCAGUGAGUACUUUGAAAUUUCCUUAUUAUGUGUUUUUAACAAGUCCAUCGACUAGAAACCCACGUUUACACGACCCCAUUUUAAGUAAAGUCAUAGACAUUUAUGGAA